AGUGCAAGUUCUUUUGACCGCAACAUUCAACGAGCUACCCCCUAUAAUUGUUGCAAUGCAGUCAGUACCAGAAGAGUCAAUGAUAGUAUCAAUAUGAUGAAUAGCGACCUUUUUUUACCUCUCAAAAUUUCUGGAUUACAAGCUAGGGCGACCUGUCAGAACAAUUUAUUACGAAAAGAUAGAAAAAAAUGGUUGAACAAGUGGACGAAACAGAGCGACUUGCCCAUCUUGGGCGCCUCCUUGCAAGAGGUGAUGCCCCCAUUCAAGUACGCUUCAUUAACACUCCGCCAGUGAAAGCAGUGGGUGCGGUACAAGAGAAUAAGGAGUCUAUUAAUAGUAAUACAGCUCCUGCUAGGGAGACUUCUGGAGCAACAGCAGUUCCUUCAAUAGCAGAUGCCUCCAACACUGAUCCAACAGCAGGAGCAGAAUUUACCGAGAAUACAGCCAACGCCUCAAAGGAUGCCUCUGGUUGGAAUAACAAGCGCCCAGCUGCUCAAGACGGCAACGAUACCAGAGGAGGGAAGAAGCGACAUCGUGGACAGUACAAGAACAAAGAGCGCAAGCAGAUGGCUAAGGAUCAGCGACAGGAUCAUCCUCGACUGCAGACUAUCUGCCUGAACAAAGCCUUCUGGAAUUUCUGCGAGAUGGAACAAGCUGGAACCUGUAAGAAAAACCAUGAUGUGCAAGCAAAACUGGCGGAAAUAAGGGACAUGCAAAUGCCUUAUGAAGUAGUUGCAGCGACGAAUGGUAGUACAACAAAUGGAGACACUGCGGAAGCGGAUUCUAUUAAGAUUAUGACAUCAACUCCAGCUUCGACAUCACCCGAUUCCUUGCUCACACGAACUUUGUCAACAAUCAAGAAAAACACGGAAUGCCUAGCGUUUCGUGCCCAUGGGUUUUGCCCGGCUGGGAUCAACUGCCUCUGGGCAGCAGAUCACGUGGACAUGGAAACAGGCGAAAACAUCUUUGACUGGGUCAAGAUUAGUGAAAAUUCCCCAGUUGGUUCAACUGACUCAACAGCCAGUUGUUCACCGACAGCAGCCCACCAACAUGAUAGAGAUUUUCUCAAGGACUUCAUCCGUCAGAAACUUCUUUGCACCUCUCUAGCCUCUGGCAUUGCGGAAAUCAAUCAGCUAACAGACGAACAGAAGAACGGGUUGCGUCGUCGUCGCCUGUCUUUUGGAAAAGCAGAGGCAGCCAUGAAGUUGUUCAACAAGCUAGGUAAAGAUGGAACGGUCGAACAAGUAGAAGGGGGAGGUGGUGGUGCGGAGACUAGUGGCCCUACGUCCUCUACUGAAGAACAAGUUUUAUCGACGAUAGAAGAUACUAGUACAUCUACUACAAUUAUUAAUGCUGUCGCUGCCGCCUCUGAAGACCCUGGUGUAGAACCUAAACUUGAACAAGAUUCCUCGUCUGCAAAUCCCGAUCCCAGUACUUCUAGUCUUCUUGUUGGCGCCAGUCUCGAAACCAACGACCGCACUCACGAUAUGCCAGCUCUGCGCGAACAGAAGAAACAGAAGCUGUUCUGUGCUAAACGGAUUCUAGCACCUUUAACUACUGUUGGCAACUUACCCUUCCGUCGACUCUGCGUCGAUGAAGGCUGUGAAGUGACCGUUUCCGAGAUGGCCCUAGCUGAGUCAGUCCUCAAUGGGCAAGCUUCCGAACUUGCUAUGCUAAGACGACACGCAAGUGAGAAACUGUUUGGAGUUCAGAUUACAAGUGGUAGUGCGGGAGCUAUGACGAAAUGCGCUCAAUUUCUGAACGACCAUUGCGACGUGGACUUUGUGGACAUCAAUGCCGCUUGUCCUCUGGACCAACUGCACACCAAGGGCUGCGGCAGUAUCCUCACCGUACGCGAAAAAGCUCUUAGGCAGAUGAUUUUCGGCAUGAAAUCUGUUCUCUCCGCGGACAAAUUCUUGACGUGCAAAAUCCGGAUUUCCCACUAUGACGACUGUUCUCGAUAUGACGCUUUACAGUUGCUGCCGAAAUUGCAUUUGUGGGGUGCAGACGCAGCGAUCUUACAUGGCAGGACAGCGCGUCAGCGAUACACAAAGCUGGCGAACUGGGACUAUCUGAAAAAGUGCCAUACGCGAUUAGCAGAGAUUCCUUCAACAUCAACUACGUCUAGUGCAGCAAACGGUUGUGCUCCAGGUCUUCCCCUAAUAGGUUGUGGAGAUGUGAUGAGCUACACGCAGUAUAACAAGUAUUUGGACGAAAACUACGUGGAUUCCGUAAUGAUCGGACGCGGAGCACUGAUCAAACCAUGGGUACUUUUAUCACUGACAGACUAACUUCUAAGUUUAAUUAAUAAGUACGGAGCGUAGUAAUAAUAACUACUUAAGAAUAAGUACUUUUUCAAUUGUUCAACUACUGAGAGAUGAUGACUUUGGGAACAUUUGGAGUUUCAGCGUUUUCUUCCGCACUUUCGCUUACUCUUCACUGUGAAGUUUACGUCAUAUGAAUCCAAGAAAGAACAGAGAAUCAAUAUAUUCCCGUUUGCCUCCUUAGGUUUUCCGCGAAAUCGCCGAGCAACGUCACAUCGACUUAUCCGCCACCGAGCGCCUCGACAUGAUCAAGAAGUAUUGCCAAUAUGGUCUCGAACACUGGGGCUCCGAUGAGCGGGGCCGCGACACAACCCGACGUUUCUUGUUAGAGUGGUUGUCGUUUUUCCAUCGCUACAUUCCGAUUGGCAUGCUGGAGAGAGAACACUACGGAGAAACUGUGAUUAACUGGCGUCCUCCGCGUGGUGCGUUUGGUCGGGAUGACUUGGAAACGCUGUUGAUGUCUCCGAAGUGUGAAGAUUGGAUUCACAUUUCAGAACUCUUCCUGGGGAAAUGCGGUCCGAGCUUUUCCUUCGUACCGAAGCACAAGAGCGCAAGUUACAAAGACGAAAACACGAAUGCAGGGUGA